UCCGCCGUGACGGGUAUACGCGUCGCGCGCACAUGAACUCGGUUUAAACGUUUUCAAGUAGUGUCUUGGAUAAGAUUCCCGUGUUUGUGACUAUUGUAUCGUUUCGUAUAGUGCGUGAUCGCUGGAUUUAUUAGUGGGUCGUGUUUAUUUGAAGAAAAAAAGUGUUUCCGAUAACAGUGAAAUGCAUGAAGCGUAAUCUUUAUCAAAUAUUCGACGGUUGGAGGAUAUUACCAUUGGAUUACUUGAACCUCGUGUCACAUGGAGAAUUUGCCGUGAGGUGAGUCGAAUUCGAUGGUUAGUAGGAAAGUUACGGGUGAACUUUGCGGAUCUGGAUCGAUUACACUUCGAUUGGAUCAUUGGGACGGAAUUGAUCGAUGAUCCAGUUUUAUGAUGGGGACUGCUUAUUUAUUCAGUGAGAGACAGGUGUAAUUGGCAGGAAGUGAGGUUUCCCAGGAGGACCUCAGCAUACCGGAGAGUCUCUUCCUUGCGAAGGACCUGGAAGAGGGCUUGGCAACCCUGGCUGGAAGUUUGGCGGGGGUCGCAGCAUCCUGGAAAGAUCAACGAUGAGCUAGCAAGAUGGCGUGGUUAGGGCAGCAUGUGCUGCUUGCUUGGCCAUGGCUGUGGCUGUGGUUUCUCGCAGCCACGGCGGGCAUCCCGUCCUACGGCGCUUCCGUCUCCAGCCCGGGACCAGGAACCGGACCGACGGAAGCUUCAUCGUCGCAGGAGUUCCGGUUCACACGGUCUCUGUACAAUGUUUCCAUACCGGAGAACUCCAUAGGUAAGACGUUCGUAGUGCCCGAGGAGAAGAUGGGCAUAAGGCUAGGACCGGCGGACCCCGACGUCGAGGUGAAGUUCAAGAUAAUGGGCGGUGACAGGGAGAAAUUCUUCAAAGCCGAAGAAAGGACCGUGGGUGACUUUUGCUUUCUUUUGAUACGGACUCGUUCGGGCAACGUGGACGUGCUAAAUCGUGAGCGUAAGGAACGUUACGUGCUGGAAGUGCGGGGGACGUCGACGAGGCGCGACGGGAAGAGCAAGCUCAUCAUCCUCGAGGCUGAUACCACGGUGGUGGUUACGGUACUGGACACUAACGACCUGAACCCUCUCUUUUACCCGACGGAGUACGAGGAGACCGUCACGGAGGAUACGCCGCUUCACAGGAGCAUCCUCAAGGUCAUGGCCGAAGACGCUGACCUGGGUAGGAACGGGGAGAUUUAUUACAGCUUCGCCGAGGAGACGGAACAGUUCUCCGUGCAUCCGGUCAGUGGCGUCAUCACCCUGACCAGGCCGCUGAGGUACUCCGAGAGGGCGAUACACGAGCUGGUGGUCCUGGCCAAGGACAGGGGCGCUCUCUUCAGGAACGUGGGUUCAUCCCGUGCCAGCACGGCCAGGGUGACGAUCAAAGUGCGCCAGGUCAAUCUUCACGCUCCUGAGAUCUACGUGCGCCACCUGCCGGACAUCCUGGAGCACUCGAACGCUGACAUCUACGCUAUAGUCCAGGUGGUAGACCAUGACGAGGGUGUGCACGGGGAGAUCGCCAGUCUGGAGAUCAUCGGCGGCGACCCGGAUGGGCACUUCAGGGUGCGGCCUGCUAAGGAUACCGGUGGCAAACCUGACGAGUACAACAUCGAGGUUCUCCACCUGCUCGACAGAGAGACUACGCCCCUGGGCUACAACCUCACGUUACGUGCCGUUGACCGGGGUGUACCCCAGCGAUUUAGCUACAAAUCCGUCCCGGUUCAUCUGGCUGAUCUCAACGACAACGCUCCGGUGUUCAACCGCGAGAUCUAUGAGGUCAAGGUGCCCGAAACGGCACCUGUCAAUACAGCAGUGAUAAGGCUGAAGGUCACCGACGCGGACGAGGGUAAAAACGCUUUGGUCUUCCUCGAGAUCGUCGGCGGAAACGAAGGCGGUGAAUUCUACGUGAACGCUGAUACCGGGAUGCUGUACACUGCGGUACCAUUGGAUGCUGAGAAGAAAGCGUUCUAUACCUUGACGGUAUCAGCUGUAGACCAGGGUAACACUGGUACCAGGAAGCAAUCAUCGGCCAAGGUCAAGAUCAACGUGGUGGAUACGAACGACAACGAUCCCAUCUUCGAGAAGUCGGAGAUGCUGGUCUGGAUAGAUGAAAAUGAACCGGGUGGUACCUCGGUGGUGAAGGUGACGGCUAAGGACAAGGACUCUGGUGAAAAUGCGUACAUAACCUACAGCAUUGACAAUAUCAAAAAAGUGCCCUUCGACAUCGAUCACUUUUCCGGUAUCGUACGUACCAAACAGGUCCUGGACUACGAGACCAUGAAGAGGGAGUACUUGCUCCACGUGAGGGCCAGCGACUGGGGUCUUCCUUAUCGUAGACAAACCGAAAUGCAGUUGAGGAUCAGAUUAAGGGACGUAAACGACAAUCGACCCCAGUUCGAGAAGAUCGAUUGUUCCGGUCACGUGCCGCGUUAUCUGCCUAUAGGAUCGGAGAUCAUCACGGUAUCAGCCAUUGAUUUCGAUGCUGGAAAUAUCAUAAGCUACAGGCUCGUAUCCGGAAACGAAGACGGCUGCUUCUCUCUAGACUCUACCAGUGGGGUCUUAUCGGUAGCCUGUGACCUGAUGGACGUCAAGGUAGCCGAACGCGAAGUCAACAUCACUGCCACGGACGGUACCCACUUCGCAGACGUAACCAGGGUCCACGUUCAUCUGGUUAAUGCCAAGAGAAAUCUUGGUUCACAAGCCAGGAUACUCACGGACGAGAGUGGGGCCUUUGAGUGCCGCGAUACGGGCGUGGCCCGACGCCUCACUGAGGCGAUAGCAUCCGCUGAGAAAAAUAACAUGCCUGGGCGCGAUGAUGAAUACACGAUGAUGCCAAGUCGGUACGGGGAGAACGUGCACGCCCCGGAAUUUCUGGACUUUCCCAAUGAAAUAAAAGUCAACGAGUCGAUACCCCUAGGUACAAUUUUGGUCAGGCUACGCGCCCGGGAUCGUGAUCUCGGUUACAACGGGAAACUAGUUUUUGGAAUAUCUGCCGGAGAUCGUGACUCCGUCUUCGGACUGGAUCCAGACACUGGGGACUUGAGUAUCAUUGGGUACCUGGACAGAGAACGGGAGAACGAGUAUUUCCUGAACGUAAGUGUUUACGAUCUUGGAAAGCCACAAAAGUCAGCAUCCAGGAUCGUGCCUAUCACGGUCCUGGACGUCAACGACAACGCACCGAAAUUCGAAAAGUCACUGGCUAGUUUCAAAGUUUCGGAAAAUGCACUCAACGGCACCAGCAUCUUCCGGGCCAACGCGUCUGACGCUGACCUGGGUGAGAAUGCCAGGAUCACCUAUCUCCUAGCCACGGAGACCAAGGACUUCAGGGUGGACCCUGUGACUGGAGUGCUCAGUGUGUUUGGGAAGCUGGACAGAGAGAGACAGGAAGUGUACGAACUGAAGAUCAGGGCACGGGAUAACGGUGGUAAGGGCACCGAUGCACCUCCGUUGCACUCUGAUGCACUUGUCAGAGUGACUGUUGACGAUGUCAAUGACAACGCACCGACCUUUGCUCUACCCAGCUACACGGUCAAGAUCCGGGAGGACAUACCGGUCUGGAGCGUCGUCGCCGUAGUCAGUGCUACCGAUCCGGAUGAUGGACCAGGUGGUGACGUCGAGUACUUCCUGUCCGAUGACGUCGAAAACGAAGGAUUUUUCAAAGUCGACAAGGUCUCGGGAACCAUUCGGACUACCCAGGAACUGGACUUCGAGGAACGUCAAGUUCACACCCUGACCAUCCUCGCGGUUGAUCGCGGUGACCCCCCCUUGUCCUCGGAGACGAUGGUCGUGGUCGAGGUCGUCGACGUCAACGAGAAUCUCCACGCCCCAGUGUUUGACGAUUUUGUGAUAUCUGCAAGUGUCUUCGAGAAUCAGCCGAUCGGUACCCUGGUGACGACCGUACGAGCUAAGGACGCGGAUCUACCCGGUGGAGACUCCAGGGUCGGCUACAGCAUCCGGGGCGGUGACGGCUUGGGAUUCUUCUCGAUCGACGAUGAAGGAAACAUCAGAACGAAAACUGUACUCGACGUGGAAACGAAAGCAGGAUACUGGCUGACGAUUUAUGCCCAGGAUCAUGCAGUCGUACCGCUCAGUUCGAAAUUGCAGAUUUAUGUGGAAAUUCUUGACGAGAACGAUAACACACCGCUUACGGAAUUGCCGGUUUAUUAUCCGUCCGUACCGGAAAAUUCGUCGAGCGGACUGAGCGUCGUACAGAUACGUGCAUUUGAUCGUGACGUCACGUCCCAGGAAGUCGUCUUCUCCAUCACCAGUGGAAAUCCCGAGGGCUACUUUCUCAUAAACUCCACGACGGGUCUCAUCACCACCAGUGGCAGGAAGUUGGAUCGCGAGAAUCAGGCCGAACACGUGCUUGAGGUCACGGUGAGAGAUAACGGCAGGCCACCCUUAUCCUCGACUACCAGGGUUGUCGUGGAGGUAGAGGACAUCAACGAUCACGCUCCGGUAUUCGAGCAAAAAUUCUACUCUGUACAAAUUCCUGCUUCUGCGCCAUUGGACAAGCCGAUCCUCCAGAAAAUGAGGAACCGCUCGCGGGAUUACGAUCUCUCGGUCGAUACGUUACUCGAGAAUGGAACAUGGGAGACAUUUAAUCCCGACACCCUGUCAGGAGAUCAUUUCUUGAGGGUAUUGGCAAAGGACGACGACGUCGGGGACAAUGGAAAGAUUCAAUACAGCAUUAAGGGUGGUCGCGGUAAAGGAAAGUUCAAGAUUCAUCCAUCGACCGGUAUGGUUUAUUCCCAGCGAUUAUUCGACGUCAGUCAAGAAUACGAGAUUAUGAUCCGCGCUGCGGACGGCGGGGAGCCUCAGCGAAGUCAUCAAACUCGCGUUUCCGUUCAAGUAAUAGAAGCGCCCGUGGAAUCCGAAAAUCCACCAGUCUUCAAGACCGUCAAUCAGAGCGUGGAGAUCACCGAAAGCGAUGACGUAGGUUUUCUGGUCGCUCUUGUUCAAGCUACCGACAAGGACGGCGACACUCUCUGGUACGACAUCGUAGAUGGUGAUAAACGGGACGAGUUUUUCAUCGGUCGUGACAAGGGAAACGUGUUACUGGCUAAAAAAGUCGACUGGGAGACGCAGAACUUUUACAAUCUCACUGUGGCUGUGAGCGACGGUGUUCGCACGGUUAACACUCAGCUGUUUGUGACGGUAAUCGACAUAAACGACCACAGGCCAGAGUUCACCGAGCACACGUAUCGCGUGGACAUUUCGGAAAACGUCGAAAAGGGCGAGACCAUCCUCCAGCUUCAUGCGACCGACGAGGACGAGGACAAGAAAGUAUUUUACAGUCUGCACGCAGCGGAGAAUCAGGCGUCGCUCGAGAUCUUUCACAUAGACUCUGUCACCGGAGUGGUUUCCCUUAACAAGGCUCUGGAUCGUGAAUCCAUUGAGGAACAUGUACUCACUGUGAUGGUGCGUGAUCAGGGAACGCCUGCUAAGAGAAAUUACGCCAGAGUCAUAGUCGCGGUUCAUGAUCACAACGACCAUGCACCCGAGUUCACCAGCGAGAUCAUCCAAGGCAAAGUGUUCGAGACUUCGCCGGUUGGCACUGUGGUCGUUCAAGUUUACGCUAUCGAUCGGGAUCGCGGUGACAAUUCCAGGAUCACCUACUCCAUCACUUCCGGUAACGUUGGUAACGUCUUCACCAUAGAUCCGGAUUUGGGAUUGAUAAGGAUCGCACGUGAACUUGACCUCAGCGCUGCUUCCGAGUAUAUACUACUGAUAAAGGCUUCCGAUCACGGUUCACCAGCUCUGAUGAACACUGUGCCUGUUCACGUUAUGGUGACAAUGGCAGACAACGCACCGCCGAGGUUCAUACAGAAGGAACUUGCUGCUGAGAUAUAUGAGAAUCAACAGACUGGAACUUACGUUAAGCACGUUGAAGCACGGAGCACGUCGUCUUUGCAGUUUGAGAUUAAAAGCGGAAAUACGGACGAUACCUUUUUUAUAAAUCCAAGCACUGGUGUCAUUACUACUAAGAAUCAAUUGGACUAUGAGAAAACCAAGUUUUACAAUCUCACCGUAGCUGCGACUAACAUGGCAGCCGCCGUUGCUCAGUGCAGUGUCAUUGUUCAUGUUCUUGAUAAAAAUGAUAACCCACCGAGAUUCCUUCAGGCUGUUUACAAUGGCGAGGUUAGCGAAGGUGCCAGCAUCGGUUCUCUAGUACUGACUAAUAGCAGCACACCUCUUGUCAUCAAAGCCGAAGACGCUGAUUCGGAAUUGAACGCGUUACUCCAUUACGACAUUGUGGAGGAUCUGCCAAGAAAGUAUUUCCAUAUUGAUUCUAGUACAGGCGCCAUAAGAACUGUCAUGGUACUGGAUCACGAGACUAUUCCAGAAUUUGUAUUUCAUGUGAAAGUCUCGGAUUUGGGUAAACCAAAAUUGUCGUCGGAAACUACUGCCAAAGUUAUGAUCACUGUAACCGAUGUCAAUGACUGUCCGCCGAAGUUUCUGCAGAACGAUUACAACGCUACGUUGCUGCUGCCAACGUAUAAGAAUGUUGCGGUGCUACGGGUCAGUGCUAAUGAUCCUGACAGUUCCGAGGGAACUUCUCUGAGAUAUGACAUUAUCGAUGGCAAUAAAGGUCACACUUUUGAAAUCGAUUCCAAAACCGGAACCAUCACUGUCGAGACGCCGGAACGAUUGAAGAAAAAUUAUCUACUGCAUGUUCGCGUCUCGGAUGGGAAGUACUCCAGUGUUACUCAAGUGAACGUGAACGUUGAGAAGUCGGAAAAUUCUGGAUUAGUUUUUCAAAAGAGUGUUUACGAGGGUACCAUACUCGAAAAUUCUACUAAGAUAUCAACCGUGGUUGUACUGAACGUUCUGGGAAGUUCACUGAAUGAACAUAUUGUGUUCAGGAUAUUGAAUCCUACUGAAAUGUUCGAAAUUGGUAGCACUUCCGGUGCCAUUAGAACCACUGGCAUUCGAUUCGAUCGUGAAAUCUGUGAUAACUAUGAACUUAUAGUCGAGGCUAAGAGUCAUACGCCAGACAGGGAUAAGCCCAGGGUCGCUCAUGUUAUCGUGAACAUUACCAUUUUGGAUAUUAAUGAUAACUGUCCCAUGUUUGUGAACCUACCUUACUACGCUGUAGUCUCUGUGGACGCUCAGAAGGGAGAUGUUAUCACCAAGGUUCAUGCAGUCGACAUGGACAGCGGCGAUAACGGCGAGGUGCGAUAUGAACUCAAGAAAGGACAUGGUGAACUUUUCAAGGUCUGCAGAAAAACUGGAGAAAUAUCUUUGAAACAAAAUCUCGAGGGUCACAAUCGUGAAUAUCAAUUAACCAUCGCUGCUUAUGACGGUGGCAUUACACCAUGUUCUAUCGAAGUGCCUGUCAAUGUAAAAGUCAUUGACAGAUCGAUGCCUGUUUUCGACAAACAAUUCUACACCGACAGCGUGCUGGAAAGUAUAGAAGUUCACUCGCCACUGGCUCUUUCGAUCCAAGCGGAAUCUCCGUUAGGAAGGAAACUCAUAUACAGCAUCACGAAAGGAAAUGAUUUUGAAGAAUUCGCCCUGGACUUCAACACCGCACCCGACAGUAACAAUGGUCCUUGUGUAAUCUAUGUGGUGGAUGAGCUGGAUUAUGAGCAAAAGAAGCAAUACGAAUUGACGGUACGCGCUACGGACAGCGUAUCCGGUGUAUACGCUGAGGUCCUUGUCAGCAUCCUGGUCCUGGACGUGAACGACUGUCCACCAGAGUUCAGUCAAGAUUCGUACAACAUAUCCGUGUCAGAAGCGGCGCCAUUUGGAACAUCAAUUCUCAAAGUCAGUUCCAGAGAUAACGAUACCGGAAUCAAUCAAAAGAUUCGAUACGCGAUACAGAACGAUACCCACAACAGCAAUGAUCUAUUUCACAUAGAUCCUGAGGAGGGUGUAAUAUACCUUAAAAGAUCUCUAGAUCACGAAGCCUACGAUUCUCAUCACUUCACUGUGAUAGCUAUGGAUCGCGGUGUACCGAGUUUAUCAAGCACUGCUCACGUCUGGGUAUCAGUCAUCGACAUGAACGACAAUCCGCCGAAAUUUGAACAACCCUCGUAUACUUGUUCUUUGUCAGAACACGCAGAACGUGGUCAAUUCGUGACGGUUGUAUCGGCAAGUGAUCCAGAUUACGUCGACGAAAAGGUGACGUAUACAAUAGUGGGUGGCAACGAUCAGCAAACCUACAACAUAGAUCAGUCAACUGGAAUCAUAUCGUUGAUCAAUAUGCAAAAUUUUGGAGAUCAAAAGCUAACGAUGCUGAACGUAUCCGUGACCGAUGGAGUAUACACAAGUUUCGCCAGGGUCAAAAUUGAGAUCCUUCCUGCUAACAGGCACAACCCUAAAUUUCCUAAUCCUGUGGUUGAGGUGACCGUUUUGGAAAAUCAGUUACCAGGAAGACUGGUAACCAGUGUUGUUGCUGUCGAUGAAGAUUUCGGUGAUUAUGGAACAGUUGUGUAUUCCAUACCUUCUGAUCUGAUGAGGGAGACCUUUGACAUCAAUAGAUUGACCGGUGAGAUCGUCACCAGGAAGAAGCUUGAUCGUGAGCAACAUAAGCUUUAUGAAAUACCGGUUAUGGCUACUGACGGUGGCGGUAAAUCUGGAUUUGUUAUGAUAAGAGUGAAAGUUGGCGAUGAGAACGAUAACGCUCCAGUCUUCCUCCUGAGAGAGUACAAGGCAACGAUCUACGGGAAUAUGUCGCUCAAAACUGUUUUCAUGAAGGUCAAAGCCCAGGAUGCCGACGAAGAUGACGCUGCUAGGAUUCAAUAUUCUAUAUACGAACCACGCAAUUCUGAGGCUAAGGAACUGUUCGGUAUCAAUCCUGAUACCGGUGCUAUAUUCCUUCAGAAGAGUGCUCAACUUUGGGAGAAUCAACAGUUUCAACUGUUCAUUCGUGCCGAAGAUAAGAGUCCUGUACCACAUCAUUCCGACGUACCUCUCAGUGUCUAUAUAAUGGGUCCACACAACAUUCCACCACUUUUUGAAAGGAUGGAAGAUAAGUUCUUUAUAUCUGAAGCUUCGCCAAUUGGUACUCCUAUCACACGACUGAAAACAGUCACCAAUAGUAGUGUAACUUAUCGUAUAAUAUCCGGCAGUGAAGAUUCUUCGCCAUUCCUCAUUGAUUCCCACGGUGAGAUAACCUUGGCUGAACCUCUUGAUCGUGAACUGAAAGACAAUCAUCUGAUUGGAGUCUUAGCAGAGACAGACUCAAGUCCCCCGUUAACGGCACUGGCUGAAAUAUCAUUACAAGUGCUGGACGAGAAUGAUCAUCCACCGAAAUUCGAGAGCAAUCCAUAUAUGAUUAAUUUGGCAGAGAAUAUCGAUGAAGGUAGUUCAAUAUUAAAAGUGAUAGCUCAUGACAAUGAUUUGGGCAGCAAUGGCGAAGUGCGGUACUCAUUUGGUUCAGACAUUGGUGAUCUUGCUAAUGUAUUCACUGUGGAUGCUUACACUGGUUGGAUUUCAACGUUGGUACAAUUGGAUAAAGAGAAACGAGGUGAAUAUAAAUUUCAAGUUGUCGCCACUGAUAAUGGCAGCUCAAAACAUUUUGCCAGGACGUCGGUUCACGUUAAGCUCAAGGACUAUAACGACAAUCCACCCGCAUUUGUUGAUGAACAGUACGACGCAAUUGUUAACGAGGACGCAUUACCUGGUACCGUGGUUGUCAAAUUGGUUACCAUUGAUAAAGAUACCGAUCUUAAUACUCCAGUAGAGUUUUAUAUCACGUCUGGAGAUCCAAGAUCACAAUUUCAGAUCAGAUCAACUGGUGAAGUCUACGUCUCCAAGAGUUUAGAUCGUGAGACCACUGAUCAGUAUGACUUAUUAGUCGUAGGCACUGAUGGAAAAUACGUGUUUGAUACUAAGGUCACUAUCAAGGUGCUAGAUGUCAAUGACAAUCCUCCAUAUUGUCUGAGGUACCGAUACCGAGAGAUACUAUCAGAAGGUUCGCAUCCUGGAACGUACGUCCUAACUGUUCUAGCAACUGACUAUGACGACGAACCCAAUGCCAAACUUCGUUUUUAUUUGACCGGUGAUAACAAUGAUAAAUUCUCUCUUGACAAAGAGACAGGAAUACUCAAAACAGUUGGUCAACUGGACAGAGAGACUCAAGCCAAGUACUCACUGACUGCUCAUGUUCAAGACAGAGAUAAGCCCAGCUGGGAAUGUUCAUCGCAGUUGGAAAUUCUAGUAUCUGAUCUGAAUGAUAAUGCACCGAAGUUCACGAUGCAAUCUUACAGUACAACACUGCCAGAGGAUGUGGAAGUGGGAACUCUGGUUACCAAAGUGCACGCUACGGACAAUGACAUUGGUAUCAACCGGAAGGUCAAGUACGAGUUUAUUGAUUCUGCUGACGGUCACUUCCUGAUUGCACCUGACAGUGGAAUCGUCACUCUGGCUAAGCCACUGGACCGUGAAACGAAGGCCAUGUACAACGUUACUAUUCAAGCCCUGGAUCAGGGUACUCCACAAUUGUUCAGUGUCGCCUCCCUCAUAGUGAACGUUCAAGAUAUAAAUGAUAACCCACCAGAGUUCGCUUCUAAGUUCUACUUCGCAAGCGUGCCGGAAAUCGAUGCUGUUGGAACGGAAGUCGCAAGAGUCCUAGCCACUUCUAAGGAUACUGGUGUCAAUGCUGACGUCUACUACUCCAUUGUUGGUGGAAAUGAACAUAAAAAGUUUCAAAUUGAUACCCAAACUGGGGCAAUUACCAUCUCUGAACAGUUGGACUACGAACGAGCUCGUGACUACUUCUUGACUAUUCAAGCCAUUGACGGUGGUAUACCACCUUUGAGCAAUCAUGCUACUGUCAAUAUUACUGUCACUGACAGUAACGACAAUGCACCUAUUUUCAGUGAAGUCUCUUACAGAACCUCAAUACGAGAGGAUGCCAAAGUUGGAGAGAAAGUUACACAGGUAUUUGCAAAUGAUUUGGAUAGCGCGGAAAAUGGGAAUGUCUCGUAUUACAUUGAACGAGGUGACAGACAGAAGCAAUUUUUAAUCGACGAGAAGACUGGUGUGAUAACUGUCCUCGCAUCUCUGGAUCGAGAAACGAUAUCCAACUACGUGCUGGAGGUUCACGCCCGCGACAGCGGAAUACCGAUGCUCUCAAACUUUGUAAUGGUCAACAUCGAGGUUCUUGACGCUAAUGACAAUCCGCCAUUGUUCUCACAACCGAACUACACAGCCGUAGUACAAGAAGACAAACCGCUCGGUCACGUUGUUCUGCAAUUUAUUGUCACCGACGCGGAUACAGUGCCAAACGCCGAUCCAUAUACCUUUGACUUCCGUUCAGGAAACGAAGGGGACGCUUUCCGUUUGGAACAAGAUGGCAGCCUGCGCACAGCAACAAAAUUCAACAACAGAGUAAGGGACAAGUAUGUUCUUCACGUCAGAGUCUUCGACAACGGAAGUCCUCCACUGUAUUCUGAUGCCUGGGUCGUCAUCAAGGUCAUCGAAGAAUCCCAAUACCCUCCUGUCAUCACGCCAUUGGAGGUUAUCGUAAACUCCUACUUGGAUGAAUAUCCUGGAGGUAUCAUUGGCAGGGUACACGCUACUGAUCAGGAUCAAUAUGAUACACUUCACUUUAGUCUCGUACCUUCAUCACCAUAUCCAAACACCGACCUGUUCCAAAUUGACAAGCUAGACGGUACCUUGGUAGCACUGCCAAGACUCGACGUAGGAGAGUACAGGGUGAACAUCAGUGUGACAGAUGGCAAGUUCAAUUCAUUUUCAAUAGUGACAGUGAACGUGGAUCUAGUUUCUGAUAAGAUGCUGGAGAACUCUGUGAUAGUGAGAUUCCGUGAAGUCAGUCCUGAAGACUUCAUCCUGAGUCACCGCAAGGGCUUCCUGAGAACUGUACGAAACGCUAUGGGUUGCCGUCUCAAAGACGUUGUCCUGAUCAGCGUACAAGCGUCAUCGGAUGAAGCUAAUAUCAUCAAAUCCCGUGGCAUUAGGCAAGCUGUUCACAACGACCUGGACGUCCUCUUCGCCGUCAGGAAGCCACAGACUGUGAUAUCUCCUUUGGGUUUUCAUUCAUCCGAAAGUAUCCGGGAGGCGGUGAAUCAGCACUUGGAGGAACUGGAAAAAUCGACGGAUCUCGUUGUCGAAGAGAUCGUCAGGUUCAAGUGUAACAAAGGAUACUGCGUUUACGGUGAUUGUCACGACAAGAUCAUCUUGGAUCCUAAUCAGAUAACGCCAAUAGCUACUGACGUAAUGAGCUACGUAUCCCCACGUCAUAAACACAAGAUAGAUUGUAGCUGCAAGGAAGGCUAUGCCGGAAACCACUGCGAGAUUGUGGUGAACGAAUGUGCCAGAGACCCCUGUCCUUUGUUCAAGGUCUGCGUUCCUGAUUCAUCGGUUCAAGGAUACUCCUGUCAAUGUCCUGAAGGAUUCGCCGGUCAGACUUGUGACAUAGACAUAUCCAAGUGUCACGACAAGUCCUGUUACAUCCCCAGAAACCCGAUAUCCUUCAGCGGCAAGAGCUACGCCCGGUACAGGAUUGACAAAGCCCUCCUCAGACAAACUAUCGAAGAUCGUCUGAGUCUGUCCCUGAGGAUCAGGAGCAUGCAGCCCACGGGGAGUCUCAUGUACGCCGCUGGAAAGAUCGACUACAACGUCCUGGAGAUAGUAAACGGUGUAGUGCAGUACAGAUUCGAUCUUGGAAGUGGUGAAGGUCUUGUCAGAGUCAGCAGCGUCUACGUCAGUGACGGUCAAUGGCAUGAAAUUCAACUUGAACGCGAAAGUAAUAGCGCGCGACUAACAGUUGACGGAAAACACGUAGCCCAUGGUUCAGCACCAGGUGUGAACGACAUCCUAAGCCUGCAAGCUGACGAUUUUUACCUGGGCGCAGAAGUCAAGCAGCAUCCAUCUGUCCUGGGAUUUGAAGAUAUUCAACGUGGUUUCAUUGGAUGCAUGGACGACGUCAGAGUUGCCAGGGUAUCAGUACCACUGCACAUGAGUGGCGCUAGUAGCGUUGCAGUCCUCAAGCGUUUCACAAACGUCGAAUUCAGUUGCGAUACAGCCACCAUCCUUGUGCCACCUGGUAUAUGUGGUUCCCAACCAUGUCAGAAUGGUGGUACCUGCAAGGAUUCAGGCGGUGACAGUUAUGAAUGCCAAUGUCAUGAGAGAUUCACGGGUCUAGCAUGUGAGCUAGACACUGAUCCUUGUGCGUCAUCACCCUGUCUAUAUGGCGGCAGGUGCAAGAUCGUUCCAGGAGGUGGUGAUUACACCUGCGACUGUGUCGGUCCUAGUCUCAGUGGGAAACGUUGUGAGCUUGGACGUUAUUGCACUCCAAAUCCUUGCAUACACGGUGGAGUCUGCGAAGAGGGUAACAACGGACCAAUAUGCAAGUGUCAGGGUUUCACAGGGGAGUGGUGCGAGACUGACGUCAACGAGUGUGACGCUAAUCCUUGCACCAAUGGCGGCACAUGCAUCAAUGAAAUAGGAACCUACAGGUGCAAAUGUCCACCUAACAUGACUGGGUCGAAUUGUGGAAAUCCUGCAUUCUCCACUCCAAUAAUAUCAAACCGCUUCAGCAUCACUUCGGAACAACUGAUGUGGAUUGGCAUAGCAGCCAUUGUCAACCUAUUCCUCAUCAUCAUCAUCUUCGUGGCAUACCGAUGCAUACGCAUGAAGAGGAUCAGGGCGCGUGCCAACAACAUCAACAACGAGACCAGGAAGCAGAUUGUUCUGAACUCAGCAAGACCACAUGAACACGAGUUCAAGCGUAGUUCGAAACUAAGCAACUUGGAAGUAAUACAGAGAGAACCUCCCCAAUGUCCUCCCCGUCCCGCAUCCUACACCCCAAGUUCUAACAACGAGUCAGCCUCGUACAGUAAUUCUGCGGCCGUGGCACUGAAUAACCUCGACACACUGCGCAGCUACGGAAGCGCUGGCGACGAGUUGGAGAACUUCCCGCCAGAUUAUCUGCGCAAUCUUAAUCGAAGUACCCCUGUACCACCUCCCGCCCUAACACUUGCUAAUCCAGUCGGUGGAAAUGCUACCGGAAGCGACACGGAUAGUCUUCACAAGCCCACGUGGCAGGAGCAGAUGCAGCUGGCGUCCUUCAUCACAGAUAGCACAAAAAUAAAAAAUGACCUGAAACGAGCGAGUCCAGUGGUACCGGAGCUGACCACUGGAGGACUACUAUUAAGUACACGACGGGGACCUCAUGCUGGUGGUACCUCCAUUGCUUCUUUGUCAUCCAUCGAGGAUGAUCCUCGCAUCGUUGGCGGGUAUCACUGGGACUGUUCAGACUGGGUCAGGCCAAGUCAGAACCCCUUACCUAACAUCACGGAGGUUCCUGGCAGCGAAGUUCCCGACUCAUCCAGCUUCCACAGCAAUGAGAGCAACGAGUCCAACACUCAUCAGUUACCAUCAAUGCACGGUCCAAUAGACCCAACCCGAGAUAUAGAGACCCUAAACGAGGACCAAGAAUCCGAAUACGUGGGCGACUCGGAGUGCGGAACGGAAUUCUCGGAGCACUAUCAUCACUGUGCGGAAACGCAACGGCUCAAUCCAUUGGAUAGCGGCGGCGAGGGCGAGUACAAGUACAAGGACUCGGAUAGUUAUCUACGGCAUCCAAAUUCUUAUCUGCCGCAUUACAAUAUCCACACGGAUACGGAGAACGAGACAAAUCCGCUUAACGGGCACCUGAGUACCCUGGAAUCCGACGAAGAAGAUGACGUAGUGCCUUAUGGUUUUCCAAGUAGUAGGCGCAACCGAUGCCACAAGGGCGAUGACGUCGACGAGAUCGGCUCUGUUAUCACCACCCUCGAGGAGCGAAAUUCUCUGUUGGGCGGCGGUACCAGCAACAGCGAUCUCUCGACCAAUCUCUGCGAGAUCGACGACUCCGAAUACGAGAUCAACGACCAGAAGAGCAACAAUGGACGGAUAUGGCUAUCCGGAAACGGCAUCACGCAGACCUCAGUGUGACAAACGGUCGAAAACGCCAAUAAUGUGAACUUACUAAAUGUGAUCGUGUUUGUGCUCCCCGGACGAGUGAAUGUUGAUAAGAAGUAUGCAAUUUUGUACAUAGAUAUAUAUUAUUGAAUAUUCCCGCGAAUAAUAGCUAGGCAAAGGCAAUCUGCACAGGCAGCUAACGUUUAAGGGACUGACAUUAACGAUAAUACGAUUACUAGGAUAAUUUGUAAAGCUACAACUUCAUGUAAACGACUCGUCAACGGUGUACAGAUAUUUUCACGGUAAUACCGCGUCGCGAUUUUUCUCUACCGGAAUAUCCAAGUAACUAAUGGAACGAAUGCAAUGAAAUUUAAGUAAAGCGACGUACGGGAGGGAUCUUCUUAGCUACCGACGUACUUAAUCAACCAGAUACCAGUGAGGGUUCUGCUGUUUCAUUUUCAGGUUUUGUUGCGUACGUCAGUUAUACGGAGAGCACUGUCAUUCCUAUUUAGUUCGCACUUUUUCGUCCUGUCCAAAUCGCUAUUACUUCCAUUAUGUUAUAUUGUCUAAGGGCGAGCUUGGUUUGUGGCUUCGCUUUUAUUCUGAACCAAAUCGCCAUUGCGCAUCGUGGACCAUGCAUAUACUCUCGUUACUUUUAUUACAAAUAUUAUUAAUUUUCUAUUACAAUGCAGUUUUAAAGGAAUUCCGCAAUGUAUUUAAAAAGAAUUUAGCGCAAAAGGAUUCUCAGCUAUGGUUUUAAAAAUGGAAUAUGAAUAGAGAGAUGAGAAAAAAAGUAGAACAGAAGAUAACGACUUUGUUUUCUUGAUGGGCUUAAGGGAAUGAAGGAAGAGAAAGAGAUGCAAAGAACAGUAGGAUGAUUCGAGCCGAAUGGAAUCAUGAUCACGUCGAUAGACCAAUGACUAUUAUUUAAUAAUAUAUUGUUUAAGCGUAAGUGUUAUCCUACAACUGUAUUUCCAUCGUAAGAGUAUACACAUAGGUAUGUUUAUGUAUUUUUACUAAUCACUAACCAAUGAUUAUUUUGGCUACGUGUAAACUGAACCGAUCAACUACUUAAUGACGAUUGAUACAUAACAGAUAUGAAGAGAGAAAGAGAGACACGACGUGUAGCUUAGCUUAAGUAAAUGAAAAGUAAAAUUAAAGCUAGCGGCAAUAGACGAGCCAUUCCUGGGUAAAUCGCGAAAAGACGAGGAUGAUUAUGAUUUAAAAAAAAAGAAUGAAAAACAAGAAAAAGAGGAAAAAACGUGGACGGCCAACGGAGCACGUCGAGAGAGCUCUAACGUCCCUUAUUAAGCACAAGUUAAAUAGUUAAAGAUGAAUAUAAAAUAUUUUUACUGUGAUGAUAAUAAUGUUUAUACGAUGACGACGAAGUACUAUGACUUCUUGUAUCAUAAUAAUCGCAAUGUUAAUUAUCUGUCAUUUUUUAUGGGAAAAACAAUCUGUUAGAGAAACUGUGUAGAGCUGACAUUGUUCCUCAACAUUGUAACUAUCGUUAUCAAUGACUCCGUCAUUAUUAUCAUUAAUCCAUUCAUCUUGUCAAUCAUUUUCAACUUCGUUCUUCCGUCGAUCAUCAAUCGAUCAGCUUUGUACGGCGUAACCGAACACUGUGCUGAUUGAUACAAAUUUGACAGUAAAUUUUAUAUUGAUUGUUUAUCAAUAAGACUGCCGGUGAUUAAUGCGAGUAUCUUUGUGCUAAUUGUAUAAAUUCUAAUUAUCUGAAUCAUUUUGAAAACCAAUAAUAUUCCAGUCAUUAUUUGCUUGUUAUACUUAAAGACGACGAAUCCACGUCGCUAGGCUCUUUCUGAGAGCGUGUUAUUGAACGGCGAUAGAACAAAGGAAAAUGACAAUUAGUUGGAUCGAUUGAAACUGCCAAUAACCUAAUGCCAUAUAUGUAAAGCAAUGCAUUUCUCCGUUGGGCGGACUAGUAAGUUUUGCGAAUUUGCGUGGACGGGAUUCUAACGCUUUUCUUUCGUUGUAAUUAAUACAUAUAAGUCGUCUCUUAAUUAAUGCUCUUCAUUCCCACGUUAAUUAAUUUCCGUCGAAUAAGUGCGUAGCGGCAGCUUAACUGGAUGAGGUAAUAUAGCGCAUUUUCUUUUUUGUAUACGUAGAAAUUUCGUAAAAGAAAAUAGGAGAGAAAGAAAAAAUUGUUGAGUACCACUUAUGUUCCUGUUUUGAUAAGGACAACCCAGCCGACGUAACCGCAAUUGUUUUUUGCGAUAUGUCAGCAGAAACGCCGUUAGGUGAUAAGAGACGAUGCGAUUAUACAGGGUGCGAUUAUUUUACGUUUUAUCACGAGGAUAUAAAAUCAAUCAAACUGUCGUCCCUGAUGUAAUAUUAUUUUAAAUGGCGAGGAAGGAUAGGAAAGGAGAACGAAAAAAAAAAAGAUUCGUCCGUGCCUCCCUACCUGAAAUUUCAGAGCGCGACUAUUUUAAUCGCGGAUACAAUUGAAUCUAGAUAAUUUAUUCUAUAUUAGAAUGAAGUAAGACCAUUGUACAGUUUAAUUUAAUGAAUUGUAUCAGGUACGAGCAUCAAAGUUGGCAAUGAAACUUUAAGUCGGUGUCGAAGCACGGUGCACGCUGAGAGGGUUAAUAUUGUUUUUAACGUUUUUAUUUAAUGUUAAUUUAUGACGGCGUAAACUAUUGAAAAGUCGCGCGCAACGGAUUCGCUUUCGUAAUUGCAAACUCAAAAAUUGGGAGUCAACUUCGAUGUCUUUUAUUUGUAUGGUCUUCGUCGAGCUAGCAAUGAUUUGAUGCUUUGGGUUUGUUGAAGGCAGCCGCCAUGCCUCAGGCGAUUCGCAAUCGUUUAUUGUAUUAUUCUCUACUUGUAGCCGAGGCGAUUGGAAUUGACGUGAGGAUGUUCCAUGUAGUAAAAUGCCAUGCGAAGUUGGAGAAGCAUGGCCCGACAAAAGGCCAAGAUAGCAAAAGGCAUUUUGCUGAAGAUAUUUUUUGUGCGUGACGUUAUUUUAAAAAUAUUUUUUUAACAACCCCCCUAACUUUAGGCCUACCUAUGUGUCAAUCGUGAAUGUCUUUUUUUUUCAAUCGCAAUAACGGAACAAUUAAAGAAUAUGUUUACCAUGGAAUUUCGGUAGACAUCGCUGCGUGCGUAUCGAUUCGUUAUCAUUGUACCGUAUGAAAUUACACUAUCAUAAUGCAUAUACGCGUCAGACACAUAACCCACAUAUUCGACACUGUGAAAAGAGUAUUGUAAAAGAAAUUGGGUACAAUUUUUCAAUUCGCCACUGUAACAUGUUUCGGAAUAGCCCUGAUAAUAGAAUACAUAUCGAUAUCAUGAAUUCUUUCAGAGAAUGAGGAACUUGACUUGUUGUAAUUGUAAGGCUAUAAUUAAUUUGUACAAGAUCAACCUAUUGUAAUAAAGAAACGAAUCUUGCCUAUAAAA